GACUGUGUUCUCAUUACAACCGGCAUCACUCUACACACUCGGACACUCGCUUGUAAACAUGGCAAGGCGAGUUCACAGUGACCACAUGACGAUUGGGCCGGUGAGUAGGGCCAAGAAGCAGCUGGCGUGUACCGAGGCGGUGCUGCCUGGACUCGCAAACCCUUACCCGGGAGUGGACGACGUCACUAGAGGCAAUGACGUCGACAAAGUCAUCACCCGGCGACGCCUUUCUAGGGCGGAUACUCUUGCAGGUGAUGAACCCCUCUUGGAAAAAACACCAACCAAGACCUGGAAGAGGCUGCUGAGGCGUCAGCGAACAAUGGGAGACAUGAGUGGAGAGGUGCAGAAGAAACCCUCUAGAGGACGGCUGCAUGGCCUCCUGGUCCGUUUAGACAGAGCUACGAGAGGCUCUCGACUCAUUCGGAGUUCAUCAAUAAGUGGUUCCUACCCUGACAUAAGUCAUCUACACGUAUCUCUAUCUUCUUCUACAUGGAAUAAAGACCACGGCUGUAAUAUUCCAGCAGCGAUGGAGGUUGACGAGGAACCAGGCGGUAUUAACGUCGAGAGUAGGUAUCAAUCAAUAGGAAGAAAUCAUCUGAGUCUUCAAAAGGGAACCAAUGAAGGCUAUAGCAGUAAAAUUGAAAACAUCAUAGUGCUCGAAAAGACGCCUGGGUCAGGCAUGCAACUUCGUAGUGGUAAUAUCAUACAGUCUAGCAAGUUUGAGGCCAAAGAAAGAACUGACAAUCCUUGCAAAAGUCGUCGACGUGUUACUGACACGAACAGUUUGUUGUCGGGACAAACCUAUUCGCAGAUUUUAGAAUUUUUAUAUUUGGGAAGCAUUGAAGCUGCCUACAACGAGCCAUUAUUAUGCAAAUUGGAUGUCCAGGUACUUGUAGAUUUGUCUAAUGUACCAGCGUCACAAGUUCCUACUGGAAAGAAGACCAACUGCCCGUGUCCGUGCAGGAAACAGAACCACUUCCGGUCUCGCCUCAACGUAGGAGUUGAUGAUAUUGAAUGGGAAAAUAUCUCACAGCAUUUCAGCGACAUCAACAACUUUAUCGAAGGCGCCAGAAAAGGCAACAAACAUGUGUUAGUGUAUAGUUACCACGGAAAGUCGCGUGCUGCAGCAGUGAUAAUCCAGUACAUCAUGCAGCACUUCCGGCUGUCGCUCCAUGACGCCCACAGACUAGUGGCGACACGGCGUCCUGGAAUAGCUGUCAACUCUGGCUUCUGGAGAGCACUUCAACGCUUCGAAAAACAGAUGAUUCAUGAGUCGGGAAUGCCCUUCAGAAACCCACACAACGAACCAGGCUUAGCCUUGGGGCCACCUAGAAUUAAAGACGCCUGGACGGAAACAUUCUGAGCAAUUUCCAUGCGCAAUUAGCAUUUCCUUGGAAUAAAGAGCUCAUUGCACCACGUACACUCUAUACAUUCGUACGAACCAACGGUUUUGUGGAAUAAUCCCUUCAAAUGUUACAAUAUAGGCCCUAAUAUGGUGUGCGACUGUAGCACAGGUUGGUGACGGUCAACAGGUAUUAUCACCGACCUAUGUCUGUGUGUACAGUACGCUCUGACACUACAAUAUAGCAGCAUGUCUUGACCUAUCGGACAAUAUCCAUUAUGCAAACUUAUUAUGUAUGUUGGUGAGUUGUACAUGCUAAUAGUAUAAAAAAAACUUUG